GCUGGAUAUUAAAACGUUCAGAGAAAGACUCGAUGUGAUGGAUGAUAACACGUGAAGUUGAGAAGAGGAGGAGGAAACAAGAAGAAGUGAAGAAUUAAACAAACAAACAAAUCUCCACGUUUGAAUCUGAGACGUGAGGAUAUUUCAAAAAGUCACCUUCCACUGACGUCAGGAGUUUUUUACUGACGUCAUGAAGCCUCUGUUCUUCUUCAGCUGUGCGUAAUGUGAAGAUGCCCGUGCGUAAAAGCGCGCUCCUGUCCGCACCGCUCUCUUCCUCCUCCUCUUCCUCAUCUUCAUCUUCCUCGGAUCCAGAUCACAGCAGCGGAGAAGCCUUGUGAAAAUGGCUGCUCUCGCGCUCUGUGCUCCCCGGAGCAGCAGCAGCAGCGGUGGCCGCUCCGCAGCGCGUCUGGCCGGGCUCCUCGCCUGCGUGCUGCUGCUCGCGGCCGGCGCCUCCGCGAGUCGUGACGAGGGUUCUGGGGAGAGCAACGGGACGGGGAGAGACCCGGGCCGGGUGGCAGAGCCGGGGGAGCGGGACCUCCAUCCUCGGAGUAACCUCACGGCUCAUAAGAAGGCUUUCCCCGUCCUGUCCUUCAACUACGAGCACGUCAGGAAGCCCUUCGAGAUCUCUCUGUGGAUCCUCCUGGCUCUGCUCAUGAAACUCGGUUUUCAUAUUAUCCCCCGAGUGUCGAGCGUGGUCCCAGAGAGCUGCCUGCUGAUCGUCGUGGGCCUGCUGGUCGGCGGCCUCAUCAAAGCCAUCGGAGAGAAAGCCCCCGUCCUCCACUACGAGCUCUUCUUCUUCUACCUGCUGCCUCCCAUCAUCCUCGAUGCCGGCUACUUCCUGCCCAUCCGGCCCUUCAUGGAGAACCUGGGCACCAUCCUGGUGUUCGCGGUGGUGGGCACGCUGUGGAACGCCUUCUUCAUCGGCGGGAUGAUGUACGCCGUGUGUCAGAUGGCGGGAGCGCAGCUGGGCGGCGUGGACCUGCUGUCCUGCCUGCUGUUCGGCACCAUCAUCUCGGCCGUGGACCCCGUGGCCGUGCUGGCCGUGUUCGAGGAGAUCCACAUCAACGAGCUGCUGCACAUCCUCGUGUUCGGGGAGUCGCUGCUCAACGACGCCGUCACCGUGGUUCUGUAUCACCUGUUCAGGGAGUUCUCUCAGGCCGGAACCGUGACUGUGGGCGACGCCCUCCUCGGAGUCGUCUGCUUCUUCGUGGUUUCUCUGGGAGGCAUCAUGGUGGGAGCCAUCUACGGCCUCCUGGGGGCUUUCACCUCCCGCUUCACCUCUCACACCCGGGUCAUCGAGCCGCUGUUUGUCUUCCUCUACAGCUACAUGGCGUAUCUCUCGGCUGAGGUCUUCCGCCUGUCAGGGAUCAUGUCGUUGAUAGCGUGUGGCGUGACGAUGCGGCCGUACGUGGAGGCCAACAUCUCCCACAAGUCCCACACCACCAUCAAAUACUUCCUGAAGAUGUGGAGCAGCGUGACCGAGACACUCAUCUUCAUCUUCCUCGGUGUUUCCACAGUAGCUGGUCCUCACGCCUGGAACUGGACCUUCGUCAUUCUCACGGUUAUCCUGUGUUUAGUGUCGAGAGUGUUGGGAGUCAUCGGCCUCACGUACAUCAUCAAUAAAUUCCGCAUUGUGAAGUUGACCAAAAAGGACCAGUUCAUCGUGGCCUACGGUGGCCUGCGAGGGGCCAUCGCCUUCUCACUGGGCUUCCUGCUGACCAACAACGAGAUGAAGAACAUGUUCCUCACCGCCAUCAUCACCGUCAUCUUCUUCACCGUCUUUGUGCAGGGGAUGACGAUCCGGCCUCUGGUGGAGCUUCUUGCAGUGAAGAGGAAGAAGGAGAGCAAGAGAUCAAUAAACGAGGAGAUUCACACACAGUUCCUGGAUCAUCUGCUCACAGGGAUUGAAGAAGUCUGUGGUCAUUACGGACACCAUCACUGGAAAGACAAGCUGAACCGCUUCAACAAGUCCUACGUGAAGAAGUGGCUGAUCGCGGGCGAACGCUCCACCGAGCCUCAGCUCAUCUCCUUCUACAACAAGAUGGAGAUGAAGCAGGCCAUGAUGCUGGUGGAGAGCGGGAGCUCCGCCAAGCUGCCCUCCAUCGUGUCCUCCGUCUCCAUGCAGAACAUUCAGCCGAAGGGUCCGACCAGAGGACGAGCGAUACCGAGCAUCUCCAAGAGUCGAGAGGCGGAGAUCAGAAAGAUCCUGAGAGCAAACCUGCAGAAGACGAGACAGAGGCUUCGCUCCUACAGCAGACACGACCUGCUGAUCGAUCCCUUCGAGGACAAUCUGAGUGAGGUUCGCUUCAGGAAGCAGAGGGUGGAGAUGGAGAGGAGGAUGAGUCACUACCUCACGGUCCCUGCCAACCGCCAGGAAACCCCGCCAGUGAGGAAAGUCUGUUUUGAGCCAGAACACCAGGUUUACACGUACGACACUGAGGCCGAGAGCCCCAGAGGUCGAGCAGCUCAGACACAUCACAGCCCUCCUGACGCCAUCGGCCUGAUGAACGAAGCGACCCCGAGGCCCAAUCAGAGCAGCGCACUGCCAGAUAAAGAUGAAACAGAGCUGAGGGCGAAAGCACCCGACGACCAGGAGGAGCAACUGAAACUAUCCCGCUGCCUUAGUGACCCUGGUCCAAACAAAGAUGAGGAGGAGGACGGCUCCUUCGUCUCAUGAGGAAACACAUGUUUACAGUUCUUGAUAUACGAGGUUGUGUCCUCCUCUUCACUUCUCGUGUCUUCAGUUACAUUCUGUCAGAUCACUGGAAGAGCAGUCGGAGCAAAGCUUUAUAUUUGUGAUCGUUUUUAUGUUUAUGGGAUCAAAUUGUAUUUUCAUUAUUCCUUAAUGUCCAGAAGUUCUUAUUUCCUCAUACCAAAGCACGGACCACAAGUAUUUCCUGUUUUGAUGUGAGCCACGUGUCCACAUUGAGUCUUAACAUGCACACGUGCAUUUAAUAACACAAAAGACAAAGUGCUUGAUUUACCAAACUUGAAGCACCAGAUGGGUGGAGUUUCCCGCUCAAAGCACAUUAGGAAUAACGUAGAAUAAAUUCUGAUGAAUAAAUCAGUGUCGGACGAAAAGUAAAAUGCCUUUACAUAUCAGAAGUGCUUUAAUGUAUUUGAGGUCAUUUAAAAAGAGCGCCUCCAAACUGCCAUGAACUUUUUGUACAAACAUUCUUUGUCCCCAGAGGACGAAUCCUGUUUACACGAUCGUGGGGUAUUUUUUCCAAGUGAAAUGUCUUGGGAGCCACUGGACUGUGAUAAAACUUGGUUCAGGCCACAAUCUGCAAAUAAAGAUGGACGACACCUCCGAUUCCUCCUGCUGUGCAGAAAUAAUGCCAAAAUGAGGGGGUGCCGGACCUAUACUGCAAGCAGCCUCCAGGGGGUGAUCAAAAUUCUUUGGCUUCACUCUUUGGGAGCGGUCAUGUCGUCCAUCUUUGUAGUUUGUGGGCAUCAGUGAACAAAAACUUUAAUUAACAGAAUAUCUGCUUCAGUAAACACUUUCCUAUCAGGCUCAGCUUUGUACCAGUUAGUAGUAUGUUAGCAUGCUAUCAUGCUAAACUAGCAUGAGCAUGGUAAAGCAGUUUGUUAGCAUUUAGCUCAAAGCAUAGCCUCUAACCUAAAAUGUGCUGCUCUGUACAUGUUUUCUGUUUGAUGAUUGUUUAUGUUUGUUUGUUCAAGAAAAUCCACCAAAAUAUCAAUAUUUAAUUUAUAUAAACCGCAAAAACGUAUUAUGAACUUAAGACUGGUUGGUUGAAUAGAAGAUGUCGAUCUGUUGAAUCUUAAAAAGAAUGUUAAAACAACUUUAAAAAGUCAAGAGCAAACUGCAAAUGAUAUAUUAUGACCGACUCAGCAUGUUGAUGUUUCCUGACUGAUCAGUGUUUUCUCAGGGACAGCAGCUCGGCACAGUAUUAACAAUAAGUGUGAGUCAUUUGUAAUGUGAGCGUUGAGGAGCUAACGUGUGUGUUCUUCUUAACUGAGCAUGUUUAUCUGAGACUGAAUCGACUUCGAUGUCUGCACUGGACUGGACUGCCUGAGCUUCUGCUGCCUGCACAUGUUUGCCUUAAAAUGUCUGUGCUUUCCUGUGUUUUGCCAGUAUAAGUAUUUGUAUAUCAUGUAUAAGAGGAAUAUUUGUUUUAAAUAUGUGUUGUGUGAAGAAAAGCUUUAAUUCCCCUCUGAAAUAAAGUUCUGCCAUCGUUA